GGACCAAACGCGCUCUGGCACCACGAUGGACAGCAUGGACUCAUACGCUGGGGUCUCGUGAUCCAUGCAUUCAUAGAUGGCUACUCUCGUCUUAUCACUGGGAUACGAGUCAGCAACAACAAUAGAGCUGAGACUGUUCUUCAACUCUUUCUGGAUGCCGCCGAACAGUAUGGGGUCCCAUCGCGGCUCAGGGGUGACCACGGGACUGAGAACCUAGCUGUUGCAGCCUGGAUGGAGGCAAACAAGGGGACUCGACGAGGCUCAUAUAUUUGGGGAAGAAGUGUCCAUAAUGUCCGUAUCGAGAGGCUCUGGGUCGAUGUAACGGCCCAAGUCGGAGCCAAGUGGGCUGACUUCUUCAUAUCCUUGGAGCUACGGCAUGGCCUCGAUAUCAACAACAUCAACCACAUUUGGCUCCUCCAUCACCUCUAUCUCCCUCGAAUCAAUGCCGAGCUUACCUUCUUUGCAGAGAGCUGGAACCAGCACAGGAUACAGAUAAGAAAUGGGCCGAACCGUUCACCAGCGGACAUGUUCGGCUUUGACAUGUAUGUGCAUGGGGUGCGAGGGGACCAGCUUCCAGAGGAGAAUCUCAAUGAAGAAGAACUUGAGGUAUAUGGUGUGGACUGGGAGGGU